AUGAACAACAACACGGACACGAAUUCCGGGCAACCUCAACGCCCAUCAAAGUAUGUAAUGCUUUCGGAGAAUGGAGGGGAAGCAACAGGCAUUCGACCUCCUCCCUAUCGUCGCAACAUCCCACGCUACCACAAAAGCAGUCAUAAGAGCGGCUUCAUCUUCUACCUCUACACAUUCUUCCAACCCAAGAUCCCUUCUUACAAGUUUGAGCGCAUCGAUGUGAACAACUUCGAUAUGCAGAAGGACUUCAGUCUGUAUGCCGAGUUUGUGGUGACUGUGAAAGCUGAGAACCCAAACGAUAAGAUUGGCAUCGUCUAUGACAAGGACAGCAUCGUACUCGUGGAUUACGAUGAUUCAACGCUUUGUUCCGGAAAGCUUCCGGCUUUUCACCAAGGCUAUAAGAAUAUAACCGUCCUGAAUAUUGUGCUCAAAGGGAAGAGCGAGUUUGGGUCGGGGCUUCAGGCAGCUCUCAUGGAUAACCGAAAAACGAAUAGAAUACCCUUAUUCAUCAGAGUAAAGGCGCCUGUGAACGUUGUGCUAGGGAAUGUUCCAUUGAGACAGUUCGAUGUUUUUCUUAAUUGUUCUAUGGUUGUUGAUAACUUGUCGCCCAAUAAGACAGUUUCCAUCUUAUCAACGAAAUACAAUGUAUCCGUCGCCCUCUGA